CCUUCCAAAGUGCUGAGAUUACAGGCCACCACACCCUGCCUAUCUCAUUUAAUUCUCACUAUAUACCUUGGAGGUGCAGGGGAUAGUCUUCUCAAUAGAGGUUAAGUAACCUGCCCGAGGUCACCAAGCCUGUGGCAUCAGGAUUCCAGCUCUGGCUCCUAAGCCCAUGUCCGUAACUGCUGUUUCCUGCCCACUCUCAACAAUGAGUAAUUGGUGAGGUCCAAGCGAAAUGGUUAUAAAAAGAUCCUUUAAAUUGUAAAGUGCCCUGCAUGUGGGAGGGAUUGAUACUGCUGUUAUUAUUUCUACAUCCAGAGCAAUGGUAGCUUUGGUUAUAUGGUCUACAGCAAGUUGGAGGUCGUGGGAUGUAGCAGCAUUGAGUGGGGAGAGCACUGGACUGUGAGCCAGCAAACUUGAGUCCUAGUCCUGGCUCUCCUUGGAACUGACUAGCCAUGUGGCCUUGGCUGCUAAGCUGCCUGGGAAAUAAGCUCACCUACUCCGUGUGGCCCUUAUGCAGCUCAAAUGAGAUAAAGCCCAGAAGACAGCCAGCACGUUGCCCGGCUCUCAGAGGAUACCCUGCUAGUGGGAGGUCUCGCUCUGCCUUCUGCAUCAUCAUCAGGAUGGGCCAGGCGUGCUGGUCACCAUGACAACAGAGACAGGCCCCGACUCUGAGGUGAAGAAAGCUCAGGAGGAGGCCCCGCAGCAGCCCGAGGCCGCCGCCGCUGUGACCACUCCUGUGACCCCUGCAGGCCACGGCCACCCAGAGGCCAACUCCAAUGAGAAGCAUCCACCCCAGCAGGACACGCGGCCUGCUGAACAGAGCCUAGACAUGGAGGAGAAGGACUACAGUGAGGCCGAUGGCCUGUCGGAGAGGACCACGCCCAGCAAGGCCCAGAAAUCACCCCAGAAGAUUGCCAAGAAAUACAAGAGUGCCAUCUGCCGGGUCACUCUGCUUGAUGCCUCGGAGUAUGAGUGUGAGGUGGAGAAACAUGGCCGGGGUCAGGUGCUGUUUGACCUGGUCUGUGAACACCUCAACCUCCUAGAGAAGGACUACUUCGGCCUGACCUUCUGUGAUGCCGACAGUCAGAAGAACUGGCUGGACCCCUCCAAGGAGAUCAAGAAGCAGAUCCGGAGUAGCCCCUGGAAUUUUGCCUUCACAGUCAAGUUCUACCCACCUGAUCCUGCCCAGCUGACAGAAGACAUCACAAGAUACUACCUGUGCCUGCAGCUGCGGGCAGACAUCAUCACGGGCCGGCUGCCCUGCUCCUUUGUCACGCAUGCCCUACUGGGCUCCUACGCCGUGCAAGCUGAGCUGGGCGACUAUGAUGCUGAGGAGCAUGUGGGCAACUAUGUCAGCGAGCUCCGCUUCGCCCCUAACCAGACCCGGGAGCUGGAGGAGAGGAUCAUGGAGCUGCAUAAGACAUACAGGGGGAUGACCCCAGGAGAAGCAGAAAUCCACUUCUUAGAGAACGCCAAGAAGCUUUCCAUGUAUGGAGUAGACCUGCACCAUGCCAAGGACUCUGAGGGCAUCGACAUUAUGUUAGGUGUCUGUGCCAAUGGCCUGCUUAUCUACCGGGACCGGCUGAGAAUCAACCGUUUUGCCUGGCCCAAGAUCCUCAAGAUCUCCUACAAAAGGAGUAACUUCUAUAUCAAGAUCCGGCCUGGGGAGUAUGAGCAAUUUGAGAGCACAAUUGGCUUUAAACUCCCAAACCACCGGUCAGCCAAGAGACUAUGGAAGGUCUGCAUCGAGCAUCACACAUUCUUCCGGCUGGUGUCCCCUGAGCCCCCACCCAAGGGCUUCCUGGUGAUGGGCUCCAAGUUCCGGUACAGUGGGAGGACCCAGGCACAGACCCGCCAGGCCAGCGCCCUCAUUGACCGGCCUGCACCCUUCUUUGAGCGUUCUUCCAGCAAACGGUACACCAUGUCCCGCAGCCUUGAUGGAGCAGAGUUCUCCCGCCCAGCCUCUGUCAGCGAGAACCACGAUGCAGGGCCUGACGGUGACAAGCGGGAGGAGGAUGGCGAGUCUGGGGGGCGACGGUCAGAGGCCGAGGAGGGAGAGGUCAGGACUCCGACCAAGAUCAAGGAGCUAAAGCCGGAGCAGGAAACCACGCCGAGACACAAGCAGGAGUUCUUAGACAAGCCAGAGGACGUCUUGCUGAAGCACCAGGCCAGCAUCAAUGAGCUCAAGAGGACCCUGAAGGAGCCCAACAGCAAACUCAUCCACCGGGAUCGAGACUGGGAACGGGAGCGCAGGCUGCCCUCCUCCCCUGCCUCCCCUUCUCCCAAGGGCACCCCUGAGAAAGCCAAUGAGUCCCAGAGGACCCAGGACAUCUCUCAGCAGGACUUGGCACCUGAGCCUGGAGCAGCCGCAGGCUUGGAAGUGUUCACUCAGAAAAGCCUCGCAGCAUCUCCUGAGGGUUCAGAGCAUUGGGUAUUUAUAGAAAGACAGUACACUAGGCCAGAAGAGCUCGGUCUCCUAAAAGUGACCACCAUGCAUCAGGAAGAAAGGCAGACAGGCCUUGCUGGUAUCCUUGCCGACGGCAGACUCUCCAAGGUAGACGUUUUGGUGGACAAGUUCAAAGUGGAAGUGGCCACAGAAGAAAUGGUGGGAACCAGAAGAGCAAACACCCAGCAACGAGGAAAAAUGAUUGCAAGUCCUGAAGACUUUGAGUCAGUGGGGGAGGAAAGCCCCUGGAUCAGGGAAAGCCCAGGAGGGGCUGCCCUGUCUUCUGGCCGCACAUUGACAGAAAAGCUCCUCAAGGGCUCCAAGCUCAGGGCAGACACCAGAGAGGCAACCAUCAGGAACCGCUGCAUGUCACAUGGUCAGUCGGAGGGCCAGACAGAGCUGAGGAAGGGGCUGGAGGAGCCCCACACUUGUGGGAGACCCACUGCUUCAGGGACCAGGCCAGCAGAGGUGGACGUCCUCUCUCCAGCCUCCGACAAGGGAGGACUCCAGUCGUUUCUGUUGGAUCCAGCCCACGCAGAAGCCAGAGCUGAGUCGAGUGAUGAAACUGAUACCUCCUGUGCAGAGAGGAGCUUCUAUUUAAACUAUGAAGAAAAAGACUCAGAAGACCAAGUCCUCCCUCCACCCCUGGAGGAGAGACAAGGGCGCCUGGAUGCCCCUCCUGGAGGUGAGCCCAGGCCGGCGCUAAAUUCCUCAGACCUGAGGGUUUCUGCUGCUGUUCCCAGCAGGAGCAAGGACGAAGCCCACAUGGCUUCCCCAGAGGAAGGGGCAGAGACCCCCAAGAACCAUAGAGGACCUGGUGACCUGAAGGGACCUACUGCAGGACAGGCAUUUGCUGAAGGAUGGGAAGAUGCUCAGUGGGAAGUGGAAGGAGAGUUUCCCCACCCAACAGCUAGCGCAACCCAAGAGGAAGGGGCCCCCGUGAGUGGAGAUUUGCUGGGAAAGGCUGAGGAAAGUCCCACAGAGGAACUGAAGAAACACCCUCCUCACAGAGGAUGCGGUGUGCGUCCCGAACCCCAGGCCUGCGCCCUCCCUCGGGCCAUCCCUCUGAAUGUCAGGAAGCCAGCCAAACCAGGCAGAGGCAACUUCCCGCCCAAAGAGAGGGGAGUGGUUCCCAUCCAGAAAGGAGGGGCUGAGCUGAAGGACCGUGAGGCCUCAGCAUUUCUUCACAUGGAGGUGAUCAUCCCCCUGCCGGCCUCCCCUGGUCACUCUGAGGACCUGGCAGUUCUGGAGGAAGCUUCUCCAAGCCCAACCUCCCAUGGGUCAGGGGAGCCUUCGGAGCUCAGGGAGCCCUUUCUUAGACAUGUCCAUCUUUUGAAAGCCAGCCCAGAGCCCAAGGACCAAGUAGGGUUUGUGGUGUCCCCUGCCACAGGAAGUGAGCGCAGGCCUCCUUGCAUCACCAGCAGAAAGCCCAGAGUAGUCCCUGAAGAAGCUGAGGGGCGCAUAACUCUGGGAUUGGGGUUCCCUUCAGGGAAACAAAGGGAGAUGACCUCUUUCCAGGCAGGGGUUGAAGAGGGCUCCAUAGAAGAUAUUAGCAAGACCUCAGUGGCCAAUAAAAUUCGGAUAUUCGAGACCCAUGGAGCUGAAACUCGCCGAAUGAGCGAGGGUGAAGCAAGGGCCCUUCCAAAUGACUUGUCUUCAGAGGCCCCCGCGGGACAGGCAGAGCAGCAGUGGAGUACACUCUCAGACCUGGGCUUCGCCCAACUCCAGCCCCCAGGGGACUUUGCUAGCCCCAAAGCCACACAUUCUACAGUGAUGCCUCUGGGUACCAGACACUUCAGGGAGGACACUUCUGCAUCCUACCAGGAAGCACGCACAGAACUAGAGCCUGUGUCCCCCGAUUCGGGCUGUGAAACCACACUGGCAGAAGCAACUGGAACUGGGAGAGCAGGGCUGAGGGAGGGCUCCGAGGAGAAAGUCAAACCACCACGUCCCCGGGCCCCAGAGAGUGACACAGGCGAUGAGGACCAGGACCAGGAGAGGGACACGGUGUUCCUGAAGGACAACCACCUGGCCAUUGAGCGCAAGUGCUCCAGCAUCACGGUCAGCUCUACGUCCAGCCUGGAGGCUGAGGUGGACUUCACGGUCAUUGGUGACUACCACGGCAGCGCCUUCGAAGACUUCUCCCGCAGCCUGCCUGAGCUCGACCGGGACAAAAGCGACUCAGACACUGAGGGUCUGGUGUUCUCCCGGGAUCUUAACAAGGGGGCCACCAGCCAGGAUGAUGAGUCUGGGGGCAUUGAGGACAGCCCGGAUCGAGGGGCCUGCUCCACUCCGGAUAUGCCCCAGUUUGAGCCCGUGAAAACGGAAACCAUGACUGUCAGCAGUCUGGCCAUUAGAAAGAAGAUUGAGCCGGAGGCUGUACUGCAGACCAGAGUCUCCGCUAUGGAUAAUACCCAGCAGGUUGAUGGGAGUGCCUCAGUGGGGAGGGAGUUCAUAGCAACCACUCCCUCCAUCACCACGGAGACCAUAUCGACCACCAUGGAGAACAGUCUCAAGUCCGGGAAGGGGGCAGCUGCCAUGAUCCCAGGCCCACAGACGGUGGCCACGGAAAUCCGUUCUCUUUCUCCGAUCAUCGGGAAAGAUGUCCUCACCAGCACCUACGGCGCCACUGCGGAAACCCUCUCAACCUCCACCACCACCCAUGUCACCAAAACUGUGAAAGGAGGGUUUUCUGAGACGAGGAUCGAGAAGCGAAUCAUCAUUACUGGGGAUGAAGAUGUCGAUCAAGACCAGGCUCUGGCUUUGGCCAUCAAGGAGGCCAAACUGCAGCAUCCUGAUAUGCUGGUAACCAAAGCUGUCGUAUACAGAGAAACAGACCCAUCCCCGGAGGAGAGGGACAAGAAGCCACAGGAAUCCUGACCUCUGUGAAGAGAUCCUGGCAUUUCUGGUCCAACCCAAGCCAGAGAACCAUUAAGAAGGGGCCUUCAUUCUGGAUUCUCCGACGCAACACCGACGUCCCAGCUGCGACGUACUGUCACUGAUGAGAGACUGGGAAGGGAAAAGCAUAUAUAUAUAGAUAUAUAGAGAUAUAGAUAUAUAUACAGGAAACACCGCGUCCUUGCACUGCUGCUGGGGCUGGCAGAGCAGUUGGCCGACGGCAACAACCGACAUCUGAACACCUACAUUUCCUUUGCAGACAAAUUGAAGAACUGGUGGGAUUUUUUUUCAAGAAAAAAAAAUUAUAUAAUAACUAUAAUCCCUUGCUCACUCCUUUCCCCCGCCAAAUAAAAAACGCAAGCCAGACCACGAUGAUUGUAGAAGUCCCUCCCACCCUGGUUCUGCACGUUACAGUUAGCAGACGAGCAAUUCCAUUUGUUCUUCUCCAGCAUUUCUGAGGCCCACUUGAAUGCAAAGGAAAACACUCGCGCAGCAAAGCAAGAGAAGUCGCAGCAGCAAGACACGCACAGUCAACCAUUUUCCAAGAAAGAAAGAAAAUUCCCCACUUGGAAAGAAAGAGGAAGAACACUGGAUUCUUACUUUCUGGAUCUUGACACUGGGCUGCAAAAUUCACCUGCCUCUCUCCCACCUCCCCUCACCCUCAACUCUCAAUGUCUUGCUGUCAUUUUCUGUCUCGGCUCCCUCCUCCCCCUUCCCCGACCCUACACCCCUCACCCUCUGUGUCUGGGUCCUGCUGAGGGCCACUGCAGAUGACUCUCCUUUGAAAUGAGAAAAAGAAAAGAAAACAAGAACAGAAAACGAAGCCACAGGAAGGGAAGUAGACAUUGUAUGUUUAUGGUUUCUCAUUAUGAAGGUGCAGCUUGUAGGAGGUUUGUACGGAUGUGCUUUUAAGUUAUGUAUAUUGCAUAUAACAGGAAAAAAAUAUUAAAAUAAACAGUGCUGGUAAGUAUGAAGCUGACAUUCUAAAAUUAUAAUUAUCUGACUGUGAUUGAUGUAUCCUGAGGUUCCUAGAUCUCACUGAACUGGCCCAGCUAAGGAGACCUGGACUCUGGGUGUGGGUUGGCUCACAGUAGGGGCUGACGGGUUCAGUGUAGUAAUACUGUGUGUGGUGUUUGUAAUUGGUUGAUUGGUGGGGAGGGGUGGGGGCCCCUAAUGGAGAGGUGUGGGUUUGGCAAGAAAGAAGCAACACAGAUGUUGUCCCCAAAAUGCCGUUCGAGACACCUUCUCCCUGCCCCCCUGGUAGUAGCAGUCAGGACCUGGUCUGUGCUCAGGUACCGGGUCCCAAUCUGGGACUCUGCUGCUGAAGUUGCCACAGUAGAGGUCCCUGGCUUAGUCCUUAUCUCCCUGCGGGGCUUGCCUUGGUUUUCAGUCUUUUCUCUCUCUCUCUCUUUUUUUUUUUUUUUUGCCACAUCCUGCCCUUCCCUGACCCCAUUGUAAUAACCAACUCCAUAUCCAAAGGGAGGUGGUGCUCCCAGCCAUUAUAGAAGAUGAUGGCUUUAACCUGACUGUCUAAAAAUUCCCAGCUCAGCCUUUUCCUCUACUUUCUUCCUUGUUCUGAAUCAUUUCUUCUUCUCGGGCCAAAGUAGCUGUGGUAAGGAGGCUGCACGGGGCAGACCCUGAGAGAUAAAAACUGCAUUUGCAAAGGCCUCCCCUGUCCCAGGACAAAGUUGAGAGUGACGGGCAAUGUUGCUCAAAGGCUCCAGCUCUGCAUAAGACCUUGGCUUGGAGACCUCCCUCUUAAUCAACAUCUGAUCUCUGAGUUUGUACCCAGAAAUUGCUCCAAGACCACAGGAGCCCUUCAAGAAGCUCACAUCAAAAGCUUGGUAUUGCUCUCUGCCACACAUGGGCUUCCUCAGGCUUGUCUGCCACAAGCUACUGCUCUGAGCUCAGAAAGUGCCCCUUGGUGAGGGAAAAUGUCCCACUGCACUGCUAAUUUCUCACUUCCAUUUUACCUCCCAGUCCUCCUUUUAAACCAGUUAAUAAAUUCAUUCCACAACUAUUUACUGAUUACCUGCUUGUGCCAGGGACUAUUCUCAGGCUGAAGAAGGUGGGAGGGGAGGGUGGAGCCUGAGAAGCCACCUGAGCCAGCUUUAUAUUUCAGCCAUGGCUGGCCCAUCUGAGAGCAUCUCCCCACUCUCGCCAAUCUAUUGGGGCAUUGCCCAGGGGUGCCUCCAGGCAGCCCAGGUUAGAUGCGUCCCUUUGGCUUGCUUGUCAGUGAUGACAUAUACCUUAGCUGCUUAGCUGGUGCUGGCCUGAGGCAGGGCAGGAAAUCAGAAUAGCAUUUGCUUCUCUGGGCAAAUGGGAAGUUCAGCGGGGCAGCAGAAUCAGCGGCAUCCCCCAGGUGCAGGCCGGUGAACCCACUCCAACUCCCCCUGAGUGCAGCAGCACACUUUCCAUACACCAGGUUCUUUCUACAGUCCUGGUGGAAAGCCACAGAACCUUCUUCCUGCCCUUCUUAACUUGAGAGCUCCCACUCGUUCUGGGUCAAGAGCUGGAGUGGUGGCUCCAAUCCUCUCUGGGCCACUUUGGUCUAGGAACUCAUCUUUGCAGGAACCAGGAGUCCUGAGCACACUGGACACACCUCAGAGGGAGGAUCCUUGUUCUGGAUUUUGUACCUGGCUUCAGGGCAGGGAUGAAGUGACCAGGCUUAGCUUGUGGAGUUUGUGGGCCACCAGGGCUUGGGGAAAUUGCCAUCCUGUGGAUGCUCUGACCUCCCUUCUACAGAGACGCAGGCAGUGCCACUAGGGAGGAGGGGACCUGCAAAGCUAGAAUCUAGGGCACUGUUUCCUCCCCAUCCUCCUCUUUGUAGAGAAUAGAGAUGUUUGUCUUGUCUGUCUUCAACCUACUUUUCCUUUUCUCUUUUUCGUUUCUCAUCCUCUCUGUGCUGCCUCUCUACCCAGGAGGCCAUGUAGCAUAGUGGAAAAAGUCCCUAAGGGCGGUUAGGAGUUCUGGGUGACCAUCCUGGCUCAGCUCCUAACUCACCAUGUGACAUCAGGCUAUCCCUGUUCCCCCUCUUGGGCCUCAGUUUCCCAACUUGCAAAAUAAGCAGAAAGAACCAGAUGCUCUCCAGGGUCUUUUUCUACUCUGCCAUCUCAUGGAUCUUCAUUUUCUCUUGUUUUGUUUUCUCUGGAUCUUUUCCAUCUGAGGGUACAGGAAGUGCCAGGACCUGUUUCAGUUUUUGAAUCCUGCAAGCACAUUCCAAGACUGGCCUGAAAUUGCAUGAGCAACAUCACUCGAAAUAAUUUUUUUUUCAAAAGCACCUUAACAACCAAUUGCGAUGCUGUCCUGUUCCUUUUUACUCACACCCUUCUCUCCUCUCUCGUCCCCAUGCUCCCCCACCUCAGUGCUCCGUGCUGUAUGCGUGUGCUCUCUGUUCUUGUAUACUCAAUAAAAGUGAAAUAAAUGUGUUUGAUGCUGAACCAUA